AUGGCGGCGGCCGCGGCCAUGGCCGCGCUGGGCCGGAGCCUCACGGCCGCGCUCCGCCUGCCGCGGGCUCGGCCGGGACUCCCCGGGAUGGCACUCAAUCUGUACCACAAGAACCCACCAAAAAUUGAGACCCUCCAUCAGGUGAAGUUCCUGCACACAACUGUGUCUCGGAGAGGGCUGGAAGAGUUUUUUGAUGAUCCAGGAAACUGGGGGGAAAAAAGUGUAAAGUCUGGGGAUUCAUGGAAUAUAAAGCAGCUAAGGGGCAAGAGUAGUGAAGACUUGCACAAACUUUGGUAUGUCCUGCUGAAAGAAAGGAACAUGCUCUUAACUCUAGAGCAGGAAUCCAAACGACAGCGCAAGCCCAUGCCAAGCCCAGAGCGCUUAGAAAAGGUAGAAACAUCUAUGAAAAAUAUAGAUUUGGUUGUCAGAGAAAGAGAAAUUGCUUUGAGGCUUUUACAGACGGGCCAUGAAAAGCCAGUCCCUGGCGAGUGGCGACACGAUUUCCUGGGACGCACCUUCUGGUACAGUUACAAGGAAUGGCCAAUACCUUGGCACUUGAACAAAAAACACAAAAAGAAGAGAUUCUAUUACUUACCUCAUGUGAAUCACUUCAUCAGACUCAGAAUUGAAAAAGCCUUACGGAAAAGGGCAAGGCAGCAAAGCCUGGAGAGGACGAGGAGGAAGGUCUUGGAAAGGAAGUUCCCUGAUAUUGCUGUGAAAUCCCAGAGCCAGUAGUAGGCUGGAAGAGCACUGCAAGCAACUGGUCAAGUGUCUGUGGAACAUGAAUCAUGUUCUGGAACCACAAACAACUCCACUGAGCAUUCCAGAGAGUCCCCAUCUUUUUCUGUUUUUAAUACAACAUUUGACUUUAAUUAAACUUGUGAUCUGGAAUUAAAAAGCGGCUUUGGUACCUAACUCAAAUCAUCUGAUCUCUCUCGUGUGCAGGAACAAAUGUUGUGUUAGCCAGCUGUUACAAGAGUGAGAGAUACAUUAGGAACAGUGAGGAGCAGCCAUGGAGUGCCAGCUGACAGUAACAAGUGUAGGGGUAACAUUUACCUGGUUUAGUUUAACAAAUGUGCAUUAAAACCAGAUAGAAACAUGAAAGCAUCUGAAGCUCACAUAUGAGCUAUUUUCCUGAAUAUUUUCCCUGAGUUACAAGUAAGCUAUGCAAGGUGUAUUUGUUCUCUGCAUAAAUGCACUGGUAAAUGGGCUCUUUGGUCUGUUAUGAGGAAUUUUUUCCACUACUUUAAGUCUGGCUUCUUAGAAAGUAUGAAAUACUCAGCAUGGGAACUUCUAAUACAAUUGUCCUACCUUGAUUUCUGACAAUUCAAACACUUGUACAAUGCUUUUUUGCACACAGUGCAAAAUGUUUGAAAGAAGGCUGCAAUGUCUUCUAUGAAAUUGAAGCAGGUACUGCUGUUGCUCUCAGUUGAUUAAACAGCUUCACCUUUCACUUCAGGAAGGCUUUUAACUCCACAUGUGGUCAUCUGGAAAUCUAGAUUAAAGUCACAAAUAGCAGUCUUUCAGGAAGCAAAUGUGCUCAGCAGUAUAAUCUGGUAAAACACUGCAAGGGAACCAGUACUGUUUCCUGUAUCUAUCUCCAGCAUUUGG